AUGUCCACUGCGGAGAGCCUCCACUUCAUCUUCCACGGGAAGAACUACAUGGUCCCGACCAGCUUUAUCACGAAGGAGCACCCCGGCGGCAAGGCAGUGCUGCUGCCACUGGCGGACAGCGACAUCACCGAGGCGUUCGAGGAGUCCGACCACUCGCAGGACGCACGGGAGAUGUUGGAAGAGUGGUGCGUCGACGUCUCCUCGACGGAGCAGGCGCAGCUGCAGAAGCGAGCGGAGAUUCGCCGGGCCGAGGAGGAGGAGUGGCGCUGGCGCAGCACGGCAAUCGCCUUCAGCGUGGCCGCCGUUGUCGCCGCCGUGGUGAUGCGCAAGAGCACGUAA